AUGCCGGCGUCCCGCAGGGGCCCUGGCGGUGGAAAAAAGGGUACGGGAAAGGUCUCGGGAGGAAAGGUUCUCCCAGGACAAGGUGCGAAGCGCCACCGGAAAAUUAUGAAGGACACAAUUCGCGGCAUUACCAAGCCCGCUAUCCGUCGUCUCGCUCGCCGCGGUGGUGUCAAGCGUAUCUCGGCUAUGAUAUACGACGAUGCACGCUCCGCUCUGAAGGAUCGAUUGACGGGCAUACGUAUCAUCCGUGAUUGCAUUACAUACGUCGAGUACCGCGGUGCCAAGACUAUCACCAUCCACGACGUCAUCCACUCCCUCCGACGUCUCGGGGCACCAAUCUACGGCUUCGAUCCGGAGACGUAUGACCCUAGAAAGCGCAAGGGCGCCGGCCAGUAA